AGUAAAGUUGGAGCUUGAAACGUUUUCAGUUUUCUGAUACAAAUCAAAGAAGAAAGUAAAGCAACAAUAGGGAGUUGAAGAAGCAAGUGGUGGAAAAUGAGCAUAGUUGUUGAAGUUGUGGUGGCUCUAGGAGCAGUUUUGUUUGGAUUGAUCCAUUUUUUGCAUGUUUUGGUUUUGAAACCAAGAUCACUAAGAUCAAAACUUCAUAAGCAGGGUAUUCACGGUCCUUCUCCUCACUUCUACUUUGGUAAUAUCCAAGAAAUCAAGACCCUUUUACUCCAACAACAAGAAUCACAAGCCAAGCAAAAAGAUGUCUGUGUUUCUAUAUCUCAUAACUGGACUUCAACUUUGUUCCCUCAUAUUCAUAAGUGGACAAAUCAAUAUGGUCCAAUAUACUUAUUUUCUUCUGGGAGUAUACAAUGGUUAAUGGUGGCAGAUAUGGAGAUGGUGAAGGAAAUCCUCCUAAACACCUCAUUGGAUCUAGGAAAGCCUUCUUAUCUUUCCAAAGAUAUGGGACCACUCCUAGGCCAAGGUAUAUUAUCCUCAAGUGGACCUAUUUGGGCUCAUCAGAGGAAGAUAAUCGCGCCUGAAUUGUACCUAGACAAGGUGAAGGCAAUGGUUGAUCAGAUAGUUGAUUCCACAAAUAUAAUGCUAAGAUCAUGGGAGAGUAUAAUAGAAAGAGAUGGAAUAAUUUCAGAGAUUAAAAUCGAUGAAGAUCUGCGAAGCUUGUCAGCUGACAUAAUUUCUAGAGCUUGUUUUGGGAGCAAUUAUGUUCAAGGAAAAGAAAUAUUCACAAAGCUUAGAGAUCUUCAAAAGGUCCUCUCCAAGAUAUAUGCUGGAAUUCCGGGAUUUAGAUACUUGCCAAACAAAAACAAUAGACAGAUAUGGAGAUUAGAGAAAGAGAUUAACUCAAAUAUAUCAAAGCUUGUAAAACAACGCCAAGAAGAAGGUCGUGAGCAAGAUCUCUUGCAAAUGAUACUCGACGGUGCAAACAAUUGUGAGGGAAGUGAUGGCCUCUUACCAAAUUCAGUUGCACGAGACAGGUUCAUUAUAGAUAACUGCAAAAAUAUAUUUUUUGCUGGACAUGAAACUACUGCAAUUACAGCAUCUUGGUGCUUAAUGUUGUUAGCUACAUACCAAGAUUGGCAAGAUCGUGCUCGUGCAGAGGUGCUUGAAGUUUGCAGAAAUGGUAUUCCAGAUGCAAGUAUGCUUAGAAGCAUGAAAACGUUAACCAUGGUGAUUCAAGAGACUUUGAGGCUUUAUCCACCAUCAGCAUUUGUUGUCAGAACAGCUUUACAAAAUAUAAACAUGAAAGGUAUCGAAGUUCCAAAAGGAAUGAAUAUUCAGAUUCCAAUCUCAAUAUUGCAGCAUGACAUUGAUCUUUGGGGCGCCGAUGCCCACAAGUUCAAUCCAGAAAGAUUUGCGAAUGGCGUGCUUGGAGCCUGCAAGAUUCCACAAGCUUAUAUGCCAUUUGGAAUAGGUGCCCGGGUCUGUGCCGGACAGCAUUUAGCCCUGGUAGAAUUGAAGGUUAUUUUGUCUCUCAUUCUGUCAAAGUUUUGUUUCUCUCUUUCAUCAAGUUACUGCCAUUCAGCGGCCUUUCGUUUGGUUAUAGUACCUGGUCAUGGAGUUGUUCUUAAAAUGACAAGAAUUUGAGUAACAAUUAAUGUGACUAAAAUUCUUCUCCCCUUGUUCUUUGAGGUUCCUUUUCUAUAGUAAUAAUACAAACAGUUUUCUUUCAAAUG